GACGACCGAAGAUACACCGCUGCCGAGAAAGAAAAGAGACAAACAUGGCCGGCACCGUAAUGCGUACCGUCGUCCUCGCCGGUCUGAUGGGAGUGGUCACGUUCGGCCAGCAGUCCUGCGUUCCGCCGUCCACGUCGUGGGCAGGCCGCCGAGUGGUGGACUUGUCCUUCAGUUACAACGAUCGCACAGUCUACUGGGACGAAGACGGACGCUUUCGCAUCAACGCCACCGUGCAGUCCAAUGACGUCGAGGACUGGGUCUUGCUCGACGAAUUCUCGACACCCACUCACGGAGGCACGCACAUGGACGCUCCGCGGCACUUCAGCAAGAUCGGCUGGUCGGCAUCCGAGAUACCUCUCGACCGGCUCCUCAUGGUGCCCAUCGCGCUCAUUGACGUGCAAGCCGAGGCGGCGCGCAACGCCAGCUACCUCAUGCCCGUCGCCGAGGUCCUUCGCUGGGAGGCGCAGAACGGUCCACUGCCGAACAACUGCCUACUCCUCAUCCGCUCGGGAUGGUCCAAAUACUACAACAACCGGAACGCUUUCUACGGCACGGACCAGUACGGCCUUCGCCGCUUCCCGGCCAUCGAACCGGCAACCGUCGAGUUCCUCACUCGGCAGCGCAACCUGGCGGGCGUCGGCAUCGAGACGGCUUCGGUGGACUUCUACGGCGUCACUAGGUCGCAUCACUUGCUGGCGGCGGCCAACGUGUACAUCCUGGAGAACCUGGCCGACUUGAGCCUCGUUCCCCCGGUCGGCGCCCACGCCAUUGUCAUGCCCAUGAAGAUCGACGGCGCCGGUGGCGCACCCACACGUGUCGCUGCACUGUUGCCUUGAAUGCGGAGCGAGCGUUCUUCGACGUUUAGCGGCAUCGAAAAAGAAGUGCGCAGGGUGAACUAAACGAGUUGCGUUCGCUGUUACAUCGGUGGUGCCAAUCCACUCAUAACAGUAAAACAACUACGCACCGAUCGAAUAGCAGCCGCCGUGGUCUUGUGUCGAACUCACGCCCUCCAGCUUAUCAGCGCCACACUUUCGCUGCUAAACCACUAGGAUUUCUGUGCCGGGUACAUGGAAAGCCGCAGCAAUUAGGCACGGGAGUGCGAAAUGCGGCGAUGUAUUCGUCCCGACCUCUGUGUAUUUUUGCUGCUGUAUACGGGUGGCAGGAUCUUAGCCGGGCAGCUAUAAACUAGC